CGAUGGAUCAGUCAAACGUGAUAGCAGGUGGAUGAUUGGCAGCGACGCUCACCAAUAAUUAGUGGGUUUUCUGUCCCUGUCUGUGAGUUGAUUGGACCAAGUGAAACGUAAGGUUAGGUUGGACUCGCAGUUUUACCAACGGUGGCAAGGAGAAAUGUGUCCAACACUGGGAACAAAUUAACCCUGAGGCCCUGCUGGAAACUGGAAAUCCAACUACUAAAGUGUGAUGCAAGAUGAUGGAAGAAAAUCUGUGCAGUGUCUUCCCCAAAGAUGAUGAUCUGUUUGCCGACUGUUACACGGAGGAGAAGGCUUAUGAGUUUUGUGGACAUGCUUUAAAGAUCACCCAGAGCUUCAGCACUGAUUUGGGAGUUGCUGGUGUAGUAUGGGAUUCUGCUCUUGUUCUUUGUCAGUACCUUGAUGAGCAGAAGAUAAGCUUCUGUGGGAGAAAAGUGAUUGAACUAGGUGCAGGCACUGGAAUUGUGGGGAUUCUGGCUGUACUUUUGGGGGGCGAUGUAACCUUCACAGACCUUCCUCAUGCUUUGAAGCAAAUCAAGAGCAACAUCUCAGUGAACGUACCCGCUUCCUGCGUACACCGCUUACGGCAGAUCUUCUCUACACAACCAGCCCAGUUUCUCCACUGUUCUGGGGCUAGAUUGAUAGUAGCUGAUAAAGAUCUUCUCAUUAAACUCCGGAAAAAGACAGGAUACUCAUUUACAAAUUGUAAGAAGGCUUUGGAGAAGUUUAACAGUGACCUCCAACAGGCUGAAGCCUGGCUGCAUGAACAAGCCCACAAGGAAGGAUGGAGUAAAGCUUCUAAACUGCAAGGCCGGAAGACAAAGGAGGGUCUUAUUGGAUUGCUGCAGGAUGGAAACUUGGCUGUGCUGGUGGAGGUCAAUUGUGAAACUGACUUUGUUGCCAGGAAUAUGAAGUUUCAGCAGUUGGUGCAACAGGCAGCUGUGGCCACGAUGGAACAUUGUCGCUCCAAGCAGGCAAAUACCAUUGAUUAUACCAAGAGUUUCCUUAUGGCUGAAGAAAUAAAGCAGUUGAAAACAAGUUUAGACAACCGUGCUCUCGCUGACCAGCUCGCUCUGGCCAUUGGUAACCUUGGUGAGAACAUGGCAAUCAGAAGAGCUGCCUGGGUGGCUGUGCCAUCUGACUGGUACAUUGGCACAUAUGUUCAUGGAGAGCUGCCAGCAGAUAACCCAUCCCUCGCAAAGAUGAUGUUUGGAAAAUACGGUGCGUUGGUGGUCUACAGGGCCCUGGAACAGCAUUCCAAAGUAAACCUGCCUGAACUAGGCCGCAGGUUGGGACAACAUAUUGUAGGAAUGAUGCCUCUGUCUGUGGGAUCAAUGGAUGACCCGCCUGGUGAUGAUUCAGAGACCAAGAUGUUAGCUCAGCCAUUCCUGCUGGAAUCUGGCACAACGGUGGGGCAGUUCCUGCAGACAAGCGGUGUGUCAGUAUUGGACUUUAUACGAUAUGAAUGUGGUGAAGCAGCUGAGGUGGGCGAAGCUGUAUAGUUAGAGUAUUGUAAUACAUCUGGCAAAGUGUAUUUCAUUGUCUGUUUUCAGAUGUUAGAAUAAAAUAAGAAUAUUCAUCCUA